AAAAUGGGGUAGUAAUAAUAUGAGGGAUUAAUUUGUCCAAAGAAGAUAUUUUCUUUUCCUUGGCAUGUCUUUCGCAAACAAGGAUUUCUACACAUUGGGGACCGAGAUUUAUUUCCGAAAAUCCAAAUAAGUUGCCCUCGUGGGUAGAGAUGUAAUCCUUCCCGACCACUGGGGGCAUAUAUGUAAUCCUCCCCAAAACAUUAUCCUCCCUCACAUGGACAAUUUUUUAGUGUCUUAAAAAAACAGUGACCAGAUAACCAAAAUCCUUGGUGGCUCUCUAGAGAGAGAGAGAGUACACAUUCAAGCCCAUCUUCAUCCACUUCUGUUGAUCAAAACACAGAGAGAGAGAGAGAGAGAGAGAGAGAGAGCACUUCUGUUAACCAAACCAGCAGUGUCUCAACUCUCAGUCAAGAGAUGAACAGAGUCAAUGCCAUUAUCAACUCCUCUCCUUGAACCAAUGAGAGAGAAAGAGAGAUAGAUUGUCUGCCUCUGUGUGUGUUAGAGAGAGAGAAAGAGAGAGAGAUGACCACAGUGAAGCCCAUACUCAGCUCCUUCCCCUACACAAAUCCAUCAUCUCCCCCCAGACAUUCCAGAAUAUCAAACCAAAGGAAAAGAACUCGUGUGCUCGUUGCCUGCAGCUCCAAUGACACAGGCUCGUCGCCCCAAAACCCAGAAGGAGACGAGAAAACGCAGGAUUUGCUUGCAAAGAUUGCACAUCUUCAAGCUCAGAAAGUGAGACUCACUGAUUAUCUUGAUGAGAGGUCGGCUUAUCUCACGCAAUUUGCAGAGGAAGCCAAUACUGAAUUUGAUGCCAUUGCUGAAGAUACACUCAAGGGACUUGACCAAGCAGAAGAAAGGAUAAUGCAGAACUUGAGGGCCUUUGAAGAAUCAAUGGGCUCAAACAAGGCAGAGAUAGAGAGGAGUGAGAGAGAAUUGGCUGACUUUGAAGAACAGAUGGAGAAGGAUCGAAAUGACGGCCUCUUCUUCAAGAGCCUGGGAAAAGCUGCACCUGAGAGACAGGAAUUUCAGAGAGCUAAAGCUAAAGAGGAAGUUCAGAAACUCAAAGAAGUUACGAGUAAAAGCACACAAAUGGGGGACUCACCGUCCAAUGGAGAGGGAGGUAAACCAUGUCGCAGAUGCCAUGGCGAAAGCAGCAGCCCGCGGUGAAGAUAUUUGACACCUCUCCAAGUGGGGUUCCAGUUCUGUAAUAGCCAUUCUAGAGGCUUCUCUCUUAUCCUGCAUAUUGUACCCGCACUGUUUUUAGCUCCUACUAGCUUUUUCUAGCUAUCCGUAGUGGAUAGCACUUCUCUCUCUCCCCCCUGUAACUCUGCUAUCCGACUGUGGAUAGCCCCUCUCCCUCUCUCCUCCUUGUACUCUUCUCUAUUAUAUAUAACAGUCAACAUUCUCAACAAAAAUUCUACAUAUACAUAGGGAAACAAGGCCUAAUAUUUUCUCAAGAGUUGCAUAGCUGAAUCAUGAGACCAAGUUCUACCUUCUAGUAACAGUCAACCAACUUUGAGGCAGAGGCUCAAAUGACUCUGAAUUCUGAACCAGCUCAUGCAACUUUGGUGAUCAAUAAGGAUUAUGCAUGUCAAUGAAGAAUUGAUCAAAUUCGUCAAUGAUAUUUCAGACUGUAGUUACUCAACUAGAAUUGUCAGCACUAGUCAGGGAAGAUGUCAAUUGGCGGACGUAGUGAAGCUCCAUGUUAUAACUUACGCUUGGAUGUGGUUGCCCAGUCAUUGUUUGAUCUGGUCAUUUUAACGCUCAUGCAUUGAAAAGGUGGCACAGCUCUCUGUUUUUAUUUUUAUCUUUUUCGUUUUGUAUAUAUAAUUGUUUUUGUUUUUUUUAAUCUGAAGUAUA